CUAGGAGGCGCUGUAAGUCACAUGAUCGACCUGAUGUCACGUGAUUUGCUUGUUCGCGUCGUAAUGGCGGUGUGCAUAGCAGUCAUCGCGAAGGAGAACUAUCCACUAUACAUACGCAGUGUGCCCACACAGGGCGAGCUGAAGUUUCACUACACAGUGCACACUUCUCUGGAUGUUGUGGAAGAGAAGAUCUCAGGUGUGGGGAAAGCUUUGGCUGACCAGAGGGAGCUUUAUCUGGGACUCCUUUAUCCAACGGAAGACUACAAAGUAUAUGGUUAUGUGACAAACUCUAAGGUCAAGUUUGUCAUUGUUGUAGAUUCAUCCAACACAUCUCUGAGAGACAAUGAAAUCAGAAGUAUGUUCAGAAAGUUGCACAACUCGUUCACUGAUGUAAUGUGUAACCCAUUCUACAAUCCUGGCGAUAAAAUUCAAUCAAAGGCUUUUGACAGCAUUGUCUCUGCUAUGAUGGUCCAAGCCUGCUGAAAUCACACAACUGUAUAUACAUUUAAUUUUGUUUCUAUUUAGUAAAGGAUUUGCAUGUUCAUAGUGCGUGUGUGUGUGUGUGUGUGUGUGUUGAACAUUUUCAUUUGUUUCAUAAAAUGACUUGAUAAUAUUGAUUUUAUUAACAUUGUAAGCUGAGAAAGCAGAAAUAAAGUACUGAAAUUCUCAAGACGUCUCACAGCCUCUCACAGGCACAAUAUUGUAAAGAAAUAAAUGGUAUAAAAUAGAAUUACUCAA